AUGACCGCCGACACCCGCCCCAAGGCCGUGGACCUUACCCACCACCUCUCGCUGCUCGCCAGGUCGCGCGUGCCGUCCCCGCUCAAGGACAUUAUCCGGUUCAUGGAAGUCAAGGGGAUCAUCAGCUUUGCUGGUGGUCUUCCUACCCCCGACUUUUUCCCAAUGCACUCGCUCAGUGCCAGCGUGUACCCCGCCAACACUGUUUUGGACCCCGAGAACCCGUCUCCGCCGGCUGAGAGCGUGGAGAUUUCUAUCCCCCGUAACGCGCCCGCCCCAGCUUACGACAUCGUUCGUGGCCUCCAGUACGUCGGUGGUCGCGGGCUCACAGAGCUCGAGACCCCGCUCCGCGAGCUCACGGAGAAGCUCUGGCCGCCGGCCUACUCGGACUGGGACGUCCUCCUCAACAACGGCAGCACGGACGGGUGGAUCAAGAUCUUGACUCUGCUCAUUGAGAGCGGCGACCACAUUAUUUGCGACUCGCAGAUUUACCCGUCGGCGCAGGCGGGUUUCGUGCCUAUGGGCGUCAAGUCGUUCCCUAUUCCCAGCGACAGCGAGGGCAUGUGCCCCGAGGCAUUGGCAAAGGGACUCGCCGAGUGGGACGAGAGCCGGGGCCGUAGGCCUCGGGUCAUGUACUCUGUUCCUGUUGGCCAGAACCCACUUGGCACGACCAUGGGUGCCUUGCGCCGCAAGGCGAUCUACGACGUUUGUGUCAAGUAUGACGUCAUCAUCAUCGAGGACGACCCGUACUGCAUGCUCCAGUUCCCCGCCUACGUUGUGGGCCAGCAGUCGACCCCACCCGCAGCCAAGGCCGACAUUGACGAUUUCCUCUCGCACAUGAGCAGCUCGUUCCUCACCAUUGACACGCAGGGCCGCGUGAUCCGUAUGGACACGUUCAGCAAGACGCUCUUCCCCGGUGCGCGCCUUGGGUGGUUCACCUGCAACGCCAUGUUCACGGAGCGCCUGGUCCGCGGUACAGAGGUGCAGACGCAGGGACCGAGCGCGUUCUCUGAGAUCAUCACCGGCGAGCUGCUGAACAAGUGGGGAGUCGACGGCUUCAUCGAGUGGAACGUCAACCUGUGCGAGCAGUACCGCGUGCGUCGUGACUGGAUGCUCGACGCGUUGGCCGAGGCAUUCGACCUUGUUCCGGCAGAGCAGGCUGGGGUUCCUGGGGCAAUUGGACUGGUUGCCUUUCCCAAGGGCAAAGGAGGGCCUGCAAUCCUCUCCUUUGUUCCGCCCAUUGGAGGCAUGUUCAUUUGGUGCAAGGCGCACUACAACACGCAUGCGGCGUGGGCUGGGUUCGAGGCUGACAAGCCGGACCAGGAGCGGGUGCGAGCGUUUGAGGAGAAGUUCUGGAUUCGCCUCGUCGAGGCGCUCGUCCUCGUCACCCCCGGUUGGUACUUUACCCCAUGGGAGGGAGGAAGCCACAGCCUGCACGAGGAGGGGUCGGGCAACUUCCGCCUGGCGUACUCUUUCGAGCCAAAGCACAACGUUGACGAGGGCAUUCGGCGCAUGGCGGACCUCAUGACCAAGGAGUGGACUGGCGAGGUGGACAUUAGUGGGAAGCUUUAA